CCAUAACUAGGCUUUUUUAUUUAGUUAAAUCAUUUGUGUAAAAAUUAAAGUGAACAAACAACAGUGUAGCCGAGGGAAAUACGCUCCGAGAGUUUCGAUCAAUCUUAUUUCAAGUACUUCAUUGCAAGACGAUACAAAUUUUUAGUUUUUCGGUAACAUUUUUCUACCAGAAGGCGACGAGCAGCGGACACACUCAAAAGUAUCACACACACAUGUAGAACUGCGUACGCCGCGAAUUGAAAAAGUGUGUAGGUUGGUUGAACAGAAAGCACACACUCACACACAUACACACAUACAAAAUUAUAUGCGAAAAUCUGCAAGUUUAUCUUGCGGCAGUUCACCACCCCACCUCCCGGCCCAUAACCCUUCCAUCCGACAAACACGCAGCGAGCGUGCGGACCGGACCACGAGCGUCAGCCACACAGAAACAUUCAAUAGAUAUACAAAAGUACAAGAAAUUUAAAUUUCUGAAACAGAACCACUUUUCGGACCGAAACUACUGCAGCACAACGCAAGGGCUCUCUCCAAGAACCCCAGCGACACACAAAGUUGAGCCCGAAGGGGGCAUACAUCCCAGCAAGCAGUGCAAACUCGAAUAGCAGACCCACAGAAUAGAAGGAAGCAGCAAUAGCGUCGAGACAGAGAGGCGAUUUCGCCUGAUUCUAGCACCAUUCAAGUCCCGAAUAAGAUGGAAAUUGAAAUAGAACAAUCCAUCGAAGCAAUGGACACCCAGGACACCCAAGAGGUCGAGAUAAUCACAAGCGAUCAUAACCAGCAGCAACAACAGCAGCAGCAGCAGCAGCAACAGCAGCAGCUCCAGAACCAGAACCAACAACAGAAUUCACCGCCACAGCUGCCGAAAUUCAAGAAUCUGAUACAGCCACAAUUGCACGCGGUCGGUGCAGUCACCCAACUGCCGAGCGAGAACGGCAACGUGCCGCCACAACAGCUGCUGGCCGACGAGCAGGACACAAUGUCGUUGGACGACGAGAAUAAGGAGGACCAGUUCCGUUCGGAGACCACAUUCUCCUACACGGUCGAUAAUGUUGGACAGUUGAAGUCACAGCGCCUAUCACCGCCCGUGUAUGUGCGGAUGCUGCCAUGGAAGAUAAUGGUCAUACCGAAUGACCGCGCACUGGGCUUCUUUCUGCAGUGCAACGGUGAGAAUGAUUCGCCCACCUGGUCGUGCAAUGCCAUUGCCGAAUUGCGCCUGAAGUGCCACAAGGCCGAGUCCCAGCCGUUCACGCGUGCCCGCAUCAAGCAUUUGUUCUACUCGAAGGAGAAUGACUACGGCUACUCGAACUUCAUCACCUGGCAGGAGCUGCAGGAUUCCGAGAAGAGCUACAUAAACAACAACAGCAUCACCUUGGAGGUGCAUGUCAUAGCCGAUGCACCGCAUGGCGUGCUCUGGGACUCGAAGAAGCACACCGGCUAUGUGGGGCUCAAGAAUCAGGGGGCCACGUGCUACAUGAAUUCCCUGCUGCAGACGCUCUAUUUCACCAACUCGCUGCGCCUGGCCGUCUAUCGCAUACCCACAGAGGCUGACGACAGCACCAAGUCGGUGGGCCUCUCCCUGCAGCGUGUUUUCCACGAGCUGCAGUUCGGCGAUCGUCCUGUGGGCACCAAGAAGCUAACCAAAUCCUUUGGCUGGGAGACACUCGACUCCUUCAUGCAGCACGAUGUCCAGGAGUUCCUACGCGUUCUGCUCGACAAGCUCGAGUCGAAGAUGAAGGGCACCUGCCUCGAGGGAACCAUACCGGGGCUCUUCGAGGGCAAAAUGUCGUCGUAUAUCAAAUGCAAGAAUGUCGACUACAACAGCACACGCUAUGAGACCUUCUACGACAUCCAGCUAAAUAUCAAAGACAAAAAGAACAUCUACGAAUCAUUUCAGGACUAUGUCGCCUCCGAGACCCUCGAGGGUGACAACAAAUACGAUGCUGGUGUCCAUGGUUUGCAGGAGGCCAGCAAGGGUGUCAUCUUCACGUCAUUCCCGCCCGUUUUGCACUUGCAUUUGAUGCGCUUCCAAUACGAUCCCAUUACGGACAGCUCGAUCAAGUAUAACGAUCGCUUUGAGUUCUACGAACAAAUCAAUCUCGAUCAUUAUCUGGCCGAGGGUGAGAAGACAUCGGCGGAUUAUGUCCUGCACGCCGUGCUGGUCCACUCGGGCGACAACCAUGGCGGGCACUAUGUGGUCUUUAUCAAUCCAAAGGCCGAUGGUCGCUGGUUCAAGUUCGAUGACGAUGUGGUCUCCAGUUGCCGCAAACAGGAGGCCAUUGAGCUGAAUUAUGGCGGCAUGGAUGAUGAGAUCUCGUUCCAUGCCAAGUGCAGCAAUGCCUAUAUGCUGGUAUAUAUCCGCCAGUCGGAUCUGGAUCGUGUGCUGGGCGAUAUACCGGAGAGUGAGAUAUCCAGCGAUCUGGUGGAGCGUCUCGAUCUGGAGAAACGCAUCGAGAUGGCGCGUCGCAAGGAGCGCAGCGAGGCCAAUCUGUAUGUGUCGGUGCAUGUCAUACUCGAGGAGUACUUCGAGGGACAGCAGAAGCGUCGUCUCUUCGACAUGGACAAGACCCAUCAGCGUCCGUUCAAGCUCAAGCAGACCCAAACCGUCGACGAGCUGGUCGACAUGUUUGUCAAGGGUUUCGGCGUCUCGCGCGAUCGCAUGCGCAUUUGGAACAUGUGCACCACCCAAACGCAAAAGUUUCUCUACUUUGACUUUGAAGCGGAGGGAGCGCGCACCAUCGAACAGAUACCCACAUCACAGAAGCCCUGGGUGCUCUUCCUCGAGCUGGCACCGCCGGACAGCAGCGAGCCGCUGGCACCCUUCAAUCCCAAAUCGGACGUGCUGCUCUUCCUCAAGUAUUACGAUGCCAAUAACAAGCGUCUCAACUAUAUUGGAUGCACACAGCAGCCGCAGAGCCGUCGCCUUAUCGAUCUGUGUCCCGAGGUGAACCGCAAGCUGGGCUUCGACCUGGAGACCGAGUUGACCGUCUUCGAUGAGUAUAGCGACAAGAAAAUCGUCAAUCUGAAUGAUCCCAUCGAGAGUGUGCUGUAUCUGCCGCCCGACAAUCUCCAGGGGCACAUACUGAUCUUUGAGCGUGAGAUGAUUGACAUGAAGCUGGAUCUGCCAACGGUUGAGGACUACUUCCUCGAUCUGGUCUAUCGCAUUGAGAUCAUAUUCAGCGACAAGUGUAAUCCCAAUGAGCCGGACUUUGUGCUCGAAUUAUCGAAUCGCUAUAAUUACGAUCAGCUCACCAAUGCGGUGGCCGAGCGCCUCAACACGGAUCCACAGAAGUUGCAGUUCUUCAUGUGCAUCAACAACUACAAGGAGACGGCGGGCAAUGCAGUGCCCUACACAUUCAAGGGAACGGUGAAGGAUCUGGUCUCGUACACCAAGCAGAGCACACCGAAGCGCAUCUUUUAUCAGCGUCUGUCGCUGAGCAUCCACGAGCUGGACAACAAGAAGCAAUUCAAGUGCAUUUGGGUGUCCAACGAUCUGAAGGAGGAGAAGGAGCUGGUGCUCUAUCCAAACAAGAACGACAAUGUCAAGGGGCUGCUGGAGGAGGCGGCCAAGAAGAUACCCUUCCAGGAGAGCAGCCGCAAGAAGCUGCGCCUGAUGAAGGUCAGCAAUCACAAGAUUGUUGCCCACUGCAAGGACGAUAUACCGCUGGAUACGCUGCUCAAGACAAGCGACUCGACGAUCACCACCAACCAGAGUGCACAGAAGGUCUAUCGCAUUGAGGAGGUGCCCACAGAUGAGUUGCAGCUGGCCGAGAACGAGUAUCUGCUGCCGGUGGCCCAUUUCAGCAAGGAGUUGUACAACUCCUUUGGCGUACCCUUCCUCGCCAAGGCCCGCCACGGUGAGCCCUACGGUGCCCUGAAGCAGCGCAUUCAGAAGCGUCUCAAUGUUCCGGACAAGGAGUGGGAGAACUACAAGUUCACCGUGAUCAAUACGGGCCUGACCACCGAGGUGAACGACAACGAUGUCAUCAAUUUGGAGAAUUUCCGCACCUCGAGCAGCGGACAAUUGCCCUUCCUCGGCCUCGAUCACAUCAACAAGUCUCGCAAGCGCAGCUCGCUAAAUUUCUCCGAGAAGGCGAUCAAAAUUUACAAUUAAACAACUAACAACACACACACACACACACAAAAACAAAAUCAAAAGGGGACAAAGCAGAUGGAUGAUGGUUGAUGGUCUGGCCAGUGGAGGUGGGUGAGGAAUGGGCAGAGGCAGAGGCGAGACGGGACGAGCAGAAACGACAUCCACAGCCCGAAAGAAUACAUUUUAAGCAACACAAUGAAUCCAGCUCGAAGCCACAACUGGUCCUUGAAUUAGUAUGCCCCUCCUCACCAUCUUCCGGCAAGCCGCACCAAUCUUUUGAGCCCAAAGUAAAAAUUGACGUGGAGUUUUUAUAAAUAAUAUUAUUUCUAAGUCAUUAAUUGUAUUUAUUAAUCGCCUCCGGUCAAUUUUUAAUACGGUUGUCCGCCCCCCAGAGUUUGCCCUAGCCGGCCCAGGCCCGGCCACGACACGGAAGUCCAGAGAGAAGGAUACAAAAAUGUAUAAUUUUACGGACUUGUUGCGCUUGCAUUAGUGACUUCAAAAUCUAGGCUAAGGCUUUAACGUGUGUGUAACAUUAAUUCAUUUUUUUUUCUCGUAAUUUUCGAAAUGCGCUAUUCCUAAACGCGGUAAUUGUUUUGAAACCGGAUCGAAUCGAUUCGAGUUCAAUUGGGAGUCUUGCAUCCAAUUGAUUCGUUCGAGAUGCCGGGCCAUUGGCAACAUGUAAAUAUAAGCGAGUGUUUUUGUGCUCUUGUCCUCCCUGGGAAUACACGCAGAAACAACAACAGCAAACACACACCUCACAAAAACAAAAGAGGGAACGGCGAAGUGAAACAACAAAAGAUAAAUAUAUAUACCAUACAAUAUAACAUAGAUAGAUAAGCAGUGAGAGGAGCGGCAGUGCUGGUAAGCGACACAAAGAGUCGCCCCAAGCGACAAGAUGUUUGGCAGAAGGAGCAGAGCAGCUCCACUCGUAACACGAGAGAGAGCGAGACAGAGCGAUAGGUAGAGAUAGAUUCUAACUAACGGUAAACAAAAACAAACAGAUGCGAAAUAGAAAGGGACAGAGGCGAAGAGAAGAGAGAGAGCUCGAGAGAAAAAGAAGAAGAGAAGAUUUGUUUCAAACAACAAUUAUUUGUGAUUUUAAAACAUGAAAUGAUAAAAGUGUAUUCAAAGGACUAGACAACAUAAUAAUCUUAAAUUAAUAAAACAGAAAAAUCAGAAAAACAAACAAAAA